UUUUAGCAAUUCGAACCUUACAUCAGCUGGCAAUGGACGAGGAGGCGAACUUUCCCAGGGCUGCCAUGCUGCUUAGUCGAGAUUUUUACGUAGACGACUUUCUUUCAGGUGCAGACACUCUGGAGGACAUCCUGGAGAUUCGAGACGAGAUGAUCCAGCUUCUAAGUCGCGGAGGUUUCGUAAUCCGUAAAUGGUCUUCUAACCACCCAUCCGCUUUGGAAAAUAUCGCUAAGAAAAUCUUUGACUUAGAUUGCGGGAUCCAGAGCAGCCCUAUCAAGAAGACUCCCGGAGUGGUUUGGGAUUCUCAGCGUGAUAUUUUCUCGUAUUCUGUCGAUCCUGAAGAUCCAGUAUCUACUGCUACCAAGAGAAAGCUCUUAUCUCGAAUCGCAAAGAUUUUCGACCCUCUAGGAUUGCUAGGUCCUUUAACGUUGUAUGCAAAAACUCUGGUACAGGAGUGCUGGAGGGCAAACAUCACGUGGGAUGAGUCGCUGCCUCAGAACAUCCACACGAAAUGGAUCUUGUUAGCUGAAGAACUUCCAUCAUUAAAGGAAUUCACGAUGCAGAGGUAUUUGAGUUGUAACAAUCCAAUUUCUAUCGAAAUUCACGGUUUUUGUGAUGCAUCUAUGCAGGGGUAUGGCGCAUGUCUCUGUGUCCGUUCCAUCGAUUCGUUCGGACACGUAACUAUAAGGUUAAUUUGCAGCAAGUCCAAGGUAGCAUCGUUAAGUCACAAUACGAUUCCUCGACUAGAGUUGGCUGGUGCUGCACUCCUGAAGAGAAUCUACGUUGAAUCUAGAGACCAGUGGGAAUUUCCUGUUGAGCGAGUGAUUUUCUGGUCAGACUCCAUGAUCGUUCUAUGUUGGUUGAAAAAGGCUCCUCACUUGUUGAAAACUUAUGAAGCUAAUCGGGUCAAAGACAUCCAAGAAGUAGAUGAGGAGGUCGAGUGGAGACAUGUUCGAUCCGGAGAUAAUCCAGCCGAUUCGCUGUCUCGAGGGCAGUUACCUCAUGAUCUUCUGAAGAAUUGUCUUUGGGCGUCAGGACCUCAAUGGUUAGCCUUGUCCGACGAUAAAUGGCCUUGUACACCUACCACAUCUCUCCCAACUAAUCCUCCAGGUUUUAAGGAAGGAAUUGUUCUAGUUACCACUCUCACCGGAAGUGAUAUAUAUUCCAGAUUUUCCGAUUACGGCUGCUUAGUUCGUGCAAAAGCUUAUAUUCUUCGUUGGAGAAAGGGGAAAUCGCCAACUGGGGAUAUUUCUAAACCUAGCAGGUCAUCGAAAGGGAUCCGAUAUCUUUCUCCAGAAGAAAUAGCGCAAGCUGAAUGUAGAAUUCUUCUUUUGAUUCAGCGAGAAAACUUUGCUACAGAGAUUAAACUUCUCCAAUCUGAUAAGACACGACCUUAUGGAAAAUUUCCAGGAGCAUUUAAAAAUCGAACUAAAUUUGAUGAGAUCAAUCCCUUUCUCGACAGUGACGGUUUAAUCAGGGUAGGCGGACGUUUGAAAAAUUCGAAUAUUCCUUUCAAUCAAAAACAUCCUAUACUACUUCCACCGUCUCAUCACGUUUCGGAUCUCAUUAUUCGCGAUGCUCACCAUCGAAAUCUCCAUGGUGGAAUUCAAUCCACUCUCUAUGCUGUUCGCGAGCGAUUCUGGAUCUUGAAUAGCAAAAAUCAGGUUAGGCACAUCUUGCACCAAUGCGUUCCAUGCAUUCGUCAAAAACUGAAGUUUCCUCAUGCCAAAAUGGCCGACCUACCAACAUCUAGAGUCACUGCAGUUUCGGAUAAUCGUCUACCGCUUUAUCAACGUAUUUCCAAGGCCAGACAAGACUUUUGGAAAAGAUGGCACAAGGAAUACCUGCACGAGCUCCAAGUCCGUCAAAAAUGGUUGAAUUCUACCGCCACGCUAACAGUGGGUAGCGUCGUCGUGUCCAUGGAAGAUAAUCCAGCUUGCGCAAGAUGGCCGCUUGGCGUGGUCGUCGACGUCCACCCUGGGAGCGAUGGCAUUGCCCGGGUCGCAACGAUCAAUACAGCAUCAGGAUUUUUCAAGCGAAACAUCACUCGACUAUGUAUAUUACCGGUGGCUCAGGAAUCUGCGGUCUCGUCAGAGUCUCAACAAUCCUCUCCAUCGUAAUCUGCCUCAGAUGUGUGCUCGGUGGUUUGCCCUAAAAGAGUUGAACCAUCUGGUAUUCUGGAAGAGCAAUCAUUAAGCCUGACCCGCGAAUGGUAGAAUCCGGAAGUUCUACAAUCAGAAGCUCAGGAGUCGUGCCGAGAGGGUGGCUCUUGUGACGCGAUACCUGGUCCGGUAAACCGGGUCCCUGUUAACAUAAGACUCUGACCCUGUAUUUAGAAAUGCGUUUAGCGGGUCUGAUGACCUCAUUCUCUUAAGUUAUUGUUCAAUAGGUUAACUUGUUGCGUUACCAUUAUGAUUUUAGAUUAAUCAAUCAAACUGUGAUAACACUUCUAAUCAAUAAGGUAGUACCUAAAAUGGAAACUAACCUCCUUUUGAUCUAUCGUCUAGAUCCAAAGAUUGCCAAGUUUAUGGCUAGAUUUAGCUUUUGUUUAGUAUUUGAUAAGUCUAUCACUGCUCUACUAUUGUCAUUCAAAAUAGUCUCGCAGCUGUGGCGGGCAGUAUGUUACGUCGCAACAUUAAGUUCCAUGCAAACUAUGCAUGA